UGGAGUUUGAUCGCAGCAGCGCAGAGUUCGCGGUGUGGGCCCCCAAAGUGAUUAAAUCUAAGAUAUUUCCGGAAGUUUUUUCCUCCUCAGCGGUUUAAAAAUAACAGGUGUUCUGGUUCGACUCUUAGAGCCAUGGAGCCGUCAGCAACCUGCACUUCAAAACCCAGUUCCUCAUCUCCCACGACAACAAGGCAGCCGUCUUCAUCUCAGAAGGCUUCCUCAACACCAACGUCAGACCAGCCUAAGCCUAAACUCUCAAUGCCAACACCUCCCACCACGCCUGCAUCUUCUCUCUCCUCUGGUUCAGCCACAUCCUUUCAGGCUUCCCCCACUCGAUCCUCUUCCGUUUCCACACCACCUGCCUCCCCUCUUCACCAGCCCAUCCGGAACCUCUCUCAGGUAGGCUGGUCUCAACUCAAUGCAGCCUCUAACGGGACUUAUCCACCUGGAUCCUUAAGUGGAGCUCCCCCGACCCCCCCUUUGUCUUCACUUGCAGUUGAACCAGUGGAGGCAGAUGAAGAUGCCAGUUUUGAUGAGCUGGAGCAGAGUGCAAAGGCAGGAGAUGCUAAAGCACAGACAAAGAUGGGCCGUUAUUUCCUGGCUUUGGCGAAAGAACAAGAUGAGGAGCUGAACAGUUGCAUCGCGGUCACUUGGCUGGUUCAGGCAGCUAAACAGGGCCGCAAGGAUGCUGUCAAACUGCUGCAGCAGUGCUUAUCCUCCAGAACAGGAAUCACCCUGGAGAACUUUGAGGAGGUGAAGAAGUUAUGUACAGAGACGCACUUUGAGAGAGGAGUUAGAAAAGCAGCUCUGCUCAUGUACUGGAAGUUGAAUCCAGAGAAGAAGAAAGCAUUGGCUGUUUCUGAGAUGCUGGAGAAUGUUGAGCAUGUCCAUGCAGAGCCUGGCAAACCAGCCUUGUUGACAUCCCUUACCAGUUCUACCAAGAAGCAGAGGAGAGUGUUAGAAAGUAUGGUUACCAGUGAGGCAACUUCCCAUGUGGGUCUUGACGACUUUGUAGAGAUGACUAAGAAGUAUGCUCAGGGUAUCGCACCUUCAACAGUCAUGGCUGCAGCGGGAGGACCAGAAGAUGAUGACGAUGUAGUUGUGAAGAAUCCAGACAAGUUGCCUCUGCACCAAAAGAUGUUGAAGUUCCCCCUGCACGCUCUGCUGGAGAUAAAGGAGCACCUGAUUGACUGGGCUUCCCGGGCUGGCAUGCAGUGGCUCAGCGCCCUGAUCCCCACACACCAUGUUAAUGCACUGAUUUUCUUCUUUAUCAUCUCCAAUCUCACCAUCGAGUUCUUCAUCUUCCUCGUCCCUCUCUUGGUUUUCUACAUGUCCUUCUUCUCCAUGGUCAUCUGCACAUUGCGUGUAUUCCAGAAUUCAAAGGCAUGGGAAAAUUUUCAAGCCCUGACAGACCUGCUGAGUCACUUUGAACCUGGCCUGGAUCUGGAGCAGGCUGAGACCAACUUUGGUUGGACUCACUUAGAGCCGUACCUGUACUUCUCGCUGUCGGUGGUUUUUGUGGUUUUCUCGUUCCCUGUGGCCGAUAAAGCGUGGAUCCCUUGCUCAGAGCUGGCUGCUGUUGCAUUCUUCUUCACAGUUACGGCCUUCCUCAGCCUUCAUGCCUCUGCUCAGCUCUUCGCCCGUAAAGCCCUCCUGACAGAGGUCUUGUCUGGGGUCUGUUCUCUAACUCAACUGCUGCCAGAGUCUUUCUGGAUGCUCAGGAUCCUUGGAAUGACAUUCAUCACUGUGCCUUUAGGAGACAUAGUGGCAUUGCACCUUGGGGUGCCAUGGCUCCUGUAUGGGCACCUCUUCUACCUCCUUUUACGCAUGGCUCAACUGAGAGGCUUCAGUGGCACCUACCUUUGCCUGGUGCCCUACCUGGUCUGCUUCACCUGGUGUGAGCUCUGCCUGGUGUUCCUCAACAACUCCACUGCCAUCGGACUCAUCCGCACCUUUGUAGGCUACUUUCUUUUUCUCUUUGCUCUUCCUGUUCUUUCAUUGGGCUUGGCAGCACUGCUCAUCAUCCAGUUAGUGCAGUGGUUUUUAGCCCUGGAACUGACCAAGCUGGUUGUCACAGUGACAAUCUGCUUUGUCCCAGUAGUCUUAAGGCUUUGGACUCGCUUCAGCCUCAACCCAAUUGUAGUGUUGCAGUCAUUGUCACACAGUAGCAUUGUCAAGCUCAUCCUGGUGUGGCUCAGCGCAGUGGUGCUCUUCUGCUGGAUGUACGUCUACAGGUCUGAAGGCAUGAAGGUUUAUAAUUCCACCCUCACGUGGCAUGAGUAUAGUAACCUCUGUGGCCCACGUGCCUGGAAAGAAUCCAACAUGGCCCAAACCCAGAUUCUCUGCUCUCACCUUGAAGGUCACCGCGUCACUUGGACCGGACACUUCAGAUAUGUUCGUGUGACAGAAAUUGAGAACGGCCCUCAGUCAGUCAUCAACCUGCUGCCUGUAUUUAUGGGAGACUGGAUGCGGUGCCUGUAUGGGGAGCCGUAUCCGUUGUGUGACGAAGCAAAUGUCACAGCCGAGCCCCAGCCCGCUCCAGCACCCAGUACAGAACACCUCCUCUGUAAGCUUAAACACCUAGCCAAGCAUCAAUGUCACGUCAAGCGCUUUGAUCGAUACAAAUUUGAGGUGACAAUGGGCAUGCCGCUCGAGAGGAAAACCAAGGACGGAACGAUCAUAGACGAUGAAGACGCAACUAAAGACAUUGUUCUGCGGGCGAGUAACGAGUUCAAGGCUGUGCUUUUACACUUGAACACCGAAAGCCUGGUGGAGUUCAGUACCAUUCUGGAGGGUCGUUUAGGUUCCAAAUGGCCCGUGUUUGAACUGAAGGCCAUCCACUGCAUGUCGUGCACUGACAACCGCAUGCCCAGCCGCAGGCAGCACAAGAUUGAACAUGACUGGAGACGCACGGCCCUGAAUGCACUGCAGUUUGGCUUCGACUUCUUUUUCAAUCCUUUCCUGACUGCUCAGCUGGAGCGUCACUCAGAGACGGAGGGGUGAGGGUGGAGGCGCUGCGUUUGUCAGUACACUUCUAACGUUAAGAACUUUUAAAAGUAGCCAUGCUAUUUACAGUUUGAUUGCAUAAAAGCAGCAGUCUGUGCAUUUGAUAAUCGUAGCAUCGCAAUAAUAUGUCAAAUCAGUGCACUAGUAUAAAUUACAUUUCAAUGUUAAUGUGGUUAAAACUGUUUUCAGUUGAAGAACAUGACUGAUUGUACACUAGUGUUCUUACCAGAAUUAUUUAUAAUUCACAACACUAAAUACUGCAGGAAAAUAUCAAGAUGGAUGCUUUCUUUGUCAUAAACUUGUACUUGAGUGACUGUACUAUUGUUAUUUAAAUGAGAUGGCCAGGAUUUAUACUUACUGUAAUAAUGUCACUUCACUAAAUAUCAGAUUGGCUUUCCACCUCUAUUAUUAUCUCCAGUAAUCAUCGGACAAAUAUUUUUGCUGUGGCUUGAUGUUUUUGGUGGGGGCGGCGCUAACAACAAAAACAAGAUGGUGCGGCUGGCAUCCACCACUGAUAACACAUGUAGUGGUGCAGCUUAGCUAAACUUUCCAUAACAAUCAUUCAGUUUGUGAUAAAAGCAUGAAAUUCGGUAAACAUAUUCUAAAUUAACUA